GCAUCUGCUACCCGGUUGCCGCGGUUCGCGGCUAGAGAUUCGCCAUGUGCUCCAGCAUUGGUGUCAUUGCUAUGACGGAGCCAACGGAUGCUUACAGCAGAAUGCUGCACGAAGCAUUGGUCCACUUGGGUGAAAGGCUGGACAGUCUGGGUGCGGACGUGCUACGCAUAGAUUCUAGCCUUGCUACACUGACCGAGCAAGCCGAAAAGAUGCCAAAACCAGAGUCAGCUUGUCAAGAGAAAGGAGGGCGAUUGCCUCAGAAGGGUGCUGUGGGCACUCCGAACUCGACGGCAUCUGCACGCGGGUCGGUGUCAAAGCGCAUCGUUGCACUAGAACGUGGUCAGAGGACUCUGGCAGCCGGCACCCGAAGAGCUUUGCGCCAGGCCUUAGCAGCCCAGCGUGCCGUUAAGGAAUCAUCCGUGCCCGUCGUCGCCACUUCCCACGAGAGCUGGGAAUUUCCUUGCUGGUUGGAUAACUUCCUGCAGCAAGAAUUUCACCAGCUGGAUGGGCAGGUGUCCAAGCUGAGUACAAGCCUUCAAAGGGAGGCUUUCCCUCCGGAGAACAGCCGCCCAGCUCCAAGAUCAUCAUACCCUACCAGUCUGCAUAGCAUGAGGUCAGAUCACAACAGGCCUGCGAUUCCCAGGGAGGGAGUCACCAUCCCGGUGCAAGAGGCAAGGACGGCAACGAAGUGUGUCCAGGAGCCACAAUGCAGGCCUCCGAGUUGGACUGAUGCUUCAGGCGGUGCCCAAGGUGCCCAAGCUCCGCAAGCUCCGCAAGCUCCCCAAGCUGCUGGUGACAGAGAUCAAACCUUGGUCGAAAUGAUGGAAGAGGCAGUGGAAGAGGCGGAAAUGGAACAGCUCCACAAGGCAGCUCGUGAGGAAGCGGAAAGGCUGCGCAAAGAGUUAAGCCGAGUACAAAAGCUGUCCGCCCGGACGAAGAACAAACGCUGAGCCUUGCCUUGUGGCAAAUGAUCGAAAAAAGUAGCGAAGGAGCCUGACAGCUGAGAAUUUGAAACUCAGCGCCAACAGUCCCAAGCUUCAAAUUGCUCUCGGUUCAGCUUCCACUCAUUUGCCAGCGACGCCCACCUGUUGGCAGUCGCUCUGCUCAUGUGUAGAAUGUGACCUGGGGAUGCCCUGCACAAAUGCUAUCAGAGGGUUGUCACUCGAACUCAUGCAAUGCAAGUGAGAUGGGGGGAGCUGG